GUGCACGCAGGCCACUCUCGCAUGGUGAUCGCCAUGGCAACCGCACGUAACGCCGGCUCGCGCCACAAACACGCCGAGAUCAAUAGACUUCAUCGCUCGCUCCACGACCCGCGCGGACUCUCCCUCCAGGCGCACGAGCACCACGCGCUUCAGCCAGAUGUAACCACGGAUCAGGGAAUGGAAUGACGUGUCUCCCCACACACACACCACAGGAGGAGUUCCAGGAUCAGUCCCAUUGUCAGGACGCGUCAGGAUGCAUGGAUGAUGCAGAGUUUGGAGAAGCCGGACUGCGGUGCACCUUUGUGCAAGCUUUCAGGAGGAGGACGCGUGGAAGAGCUGCUGCUGAACAUUAGCGAGGAAAGCUCUGUGAAGGAGCAGGAACCUUAUGAGAUUCUCAACCAAACAGGCUGGGAUGAAGCUAUCCAAGGUUGGGGCAGGUGCUCUCCUUUUUCCUGCCUGUUUAUAGCACAACAAAGGAGCAAGAAGCACAAACAGGAGAUCUCAGCCUCCCAUUGUGUUCUUUGCACCGAUUUGAAGGACCUAAAGCUCUCGGACCUCAACCCUCCCCCCAGCCGAGCUCCCUACGAGAAAUCCGUAGAGCAUCUGAGAAUCAACGUUCCCUUAUCUCCGGAACACCUCAACAGAAUCCCGAGCGCCGUAACUUCUACCUCAUCCUCAGAAGAUGACAUGUUAGAGGAUUUCACUCUUAAGACGAGGAACGUGAAGAAAGGCUUGCUUGGAAAUAAAUGGCUGUUUGGGACUGAACAAUACGUACCUGACCGGAUUCUACCUCACCCACAUCAACCGGAUGCUCUGUGCCCGUGUAUGAAGGAUAGGAAUGCUGGGAAAGUGUCACUGCUUAGUCGAGUUAUGUUCCUGCCACCAGUAAAAGUGCCAACAAAUCCAAAGAGCUCAAACGGUUUAAAGGGCAGAGAUGACGGCACGACAAGAACAGUUAUGGUUAGCGAGAAAUGUGAUGGCGAUCCGGAAGAGGGAGCGGCCGUUUCUAAUUACAGCCCAACUGCAGGCACCACACAGGGGAUAAUCACGUCCAUGCAAGGACCAACGCAGUACCAGAAUCACCUCCUAUCUGCUUUAAAUGUCUCGAGAAAGUAUCAGAUCCCCAUCAACAGCUUGGCCGAGACUCAGCCCGGUGCCACCCAGUCGCUCCCAGAACGAAAUCUCAGGCAGGAAGAGCUGAUCAGGUCACCUGUAAGGCACAACUCGGCGCUCAGAUCGCUGUUAGCCGCCAAAAAUAAAAUUCUGAGAAAGGAAGAGCCUGAGCUUCCGAUGCUGCUGGGUACCAAGGUCCAGAUACCAGUGUCCACUCAGAGACUACUGUAGCUCCUCUCUCUCUCUCUCUCUCUCUCGUCCAGUUGACAUUAAAGAUGACUAUCUGCUGAAAAGAGACUGUAUAUUCUUUACACAUAUUAUUUAACUUUCAGGUAUAACGUGUUGAGUUUUACAGAUGGAAAAAAAAGGGGAAAAAAGUUGUACAUUAAGUAAUAAAAGAAACAUCCAGAGUUGUGCUAUUAUAAGAAAACUGAAAACACUUCCACAUCAUAUCCUAAAGUGUUUUAUUCCUUUUAUACCUCCUCAAUUUGCCAAAGCGUAUUUAUGUAUUUUCUGUAUGUGUUCAUGUUCAGUCCACGAAACACGCUUGUUCCUGUCAUCACUCGUGUUCCAGACGCCACGGUAUAAACAGUCGUUCCCGUCAUCCGUUUCUAUUUUUACCAACACAGAUUUGCAUGUUUCCGAGAAGCCUAAAAGUCAUCUCUCCUUAAGAUGUCGAUUCACCCAAAGAUAAGAACGUACGCCUGGCAUUCGAGUCAAAGUGGAACUUGAUUGUACAGAAUAACAAAACACAGUUAUGAGACUUAAAAACUUCCUUUAUUUCUAUAUAUAAUGUCCUGCUACACUAAUGCACUUAUCCCAGUGUUUCACUAGUGCUUGGACACCAUCAAGGUAGAAAGUUUGAUCGGCCAUCCUUCAUGGUUGUACAGCGGCUAAGAGUCUCAUCACCGCACGGUGUUUGAAGUAUUAAAUUGUUUGAAGUCUUCUGUAAAUUUCCAUCACUUUCAUUCAGCAAAUUUCCUUUCACAAAAGUCCCGGUUUGAC